GGGGGAGGGAUGGUGGGGAACGACAGGACAGAAGGAAGGGCAUGUGCUUUGCAGCUGACCCGGGGUCCAUUCCCGGCACAUCCCCUGAUCUCUGCUAGGAGUCAUCCCUGAGUGCAGAGCCAGGAGUAAGCCCUGAGCAUCAGUCAGAUGUGACCAGCCCCCCCCCCCCCCCCCCAACAAACAAAAAACAAAAUCAGAAGAUUCAGAUCUUUCUGGGCAACCACUCAGGCGCCCAGGAUCCUCACACUGAUGUGGCUGACAGCUUGGUCUCGGGCCCCAGACCCACACCCAGCAGUGCCGGGGGCCCCUGUCAUGUUGGAGUUCCGGCCCGUGUGAUCCCCCUCUGCGCCUCUCCCCAGCCCCAUUCCCGUGGUUUCUCUGUGGCAGUGCUGCCUGUGGUGGAUGAGCACGGUGUGUAGCUCCUGUGUGUGCCGGAGGGAGUGAGGGGAUGGGAGUGACGUGGGGGGACAGAGUUGAGCAGAUCAGCUGGUCAGUGCCCGGAGUUGGGGGCCCGUGAGUGCCACUGGGCAGAGAGCAGCAGUAGUGGGUGAUGGGGUGCAUUUCAGAUGAGGGGUCUUAGGCUGGUGUAAGGGGGUGGCUGGCAGGCAGCACCUGACUUGGGCCUUGUGUGUGGAGUAAGGAACAUCAGGAACCUGAAGAGGGUGGGGCAAGGUGGGAUGCCGAGCAGAGAAAAGGAGAUACUGUCAGGAGAGAGCCUUGGGGCCUCAGACUUGGGCAUAAGCAGCCACUGGCACGUAGUGUCUGAGAGACUCUCAGCUGUGCCCCCUAGUAUGUGCAGGUAUGGUCAUCCUGCGGGCUGAGGAGUAGGGCUGUGGCUGGCUCUGGGUGUGUUAUCCCGACACAUGCGGCUGUGGUACUGCUUCCGCCUAUAGGCACACACGUAUGCAGCUGUGAGACUGCACCCACCUGCACUGCACAUGCACCCAUGCGUACACAUGCACACACAGCUGUGGGACUGCACCCACCUGCAUGUGUACACAGGCACACACUGCUGAUGCACACAUACAUGCACGUAUGCAUAUACAGCUAUAGGACUGCACACUCAUGCACAAACACACAGAGCUGUGGGACUGUAUUCAUCUGCAUGCACACACAUGUGCACACAGUUGUGGGACUAUACCCACCGGCAUGUUCAUACACACAUGUGCGCACACACGUACACAUGGGUGUGGGACGGUACCCGCUUGCAUGAACACACGCACACACGCAAACAGCUGUGGGACUGCACACACGUACCUGCACAUGUGCGUAGCCAUGCAUGCACAUGCACACACAGCCUCCUGCUAGUGGGCAGAGUCUGGGUCUCCUGCACACUGGGCAAGCCUCCAUUUGCUGGAGAUGGUUGCACUCUGGUCACGUGGUGACUCGUGUCCGCUGCCCUGGGUGAGCACAGGGCUGGGGCCGGGUUGGGAGAUUUCUGCAGCCUGGAAGAGACUUUCCUUCUUUCUGUCACUGAUGGCUGGGCAGUUCCAGCUGGAGCCCACGACUGGGUAGGUGUUCGCCUUGCUCCUGCCGUGCUAGUGUUUCUGUACUCUGAGAAAUGGUCGGUUUGCUCUCCCGGGACUCGGUGCAUCUCCCUGCACCCCUUUCCUGAAGCUUGGUGCUCGGGACCUUUCUGGGCUGUCCUGUCAUCCUCUUGCUGUCCACAGUGACCGUCGAUGCCACAGAGCCCUGUUAGUAAGCCAUGGAGACUGUGGAGUUCUCAUUGGACAGAGAGGGGAGGGUGUGCAUUUGGGACAUCUUAGAGUGGCUGGAGGCCAGAGUGAAGCCUAACUGGGCAUUUUCCAACUUCCUAGCAGCCCUUGGGAGAGACUGCCAGCCCGGGGGCCCCACCAUGGCUCUGGGCCGAGCUGUCGGGAAGGUCCAGCAGGCUGCCAGGAAGUGGGGUCUGCUACUCACUUUCUGUGUCUUGGGUCCCUUAUCCCGCUCUUGCCAUCCCUUGAGAUGCCCAGGAGCCCCACAGGGAGAGGACAGCACACACAGAGCUGAUGCCAGCCCGUGCCGUGUCCUCUCAGGCUUGGCCCAUGGCCACAGUGUCCAGGGGCCAGGCAGGAGAUGAGCUGCCUUUCACUGUGGCCUCCCCUGUCAUUUGGGGCUGGGGUCAGUGCUGUGAGCCCAGGGUCACGCAUGCCUGGCUGUGGGCUUCAUUCGUAUUUGCCAGGUCACACAGCAGGCUCACACAGGGGUGCUCACUGGGGGUUCUGUGCUACUGGCGUGACACUCACGCAGACUUUUCCAGCUCUCGUUGGGGGCCGUGCCCCCGUGUCUGGCUGCAUCUGAAAGUCCUCUUUGGAACCAGGGUUGCACACCGCUCCUGUGGGACUCGGUGGUUUGAACUCGGCGCAUACCAGCCUGCCCUUCUGCUGACCCCGCACCCCUCCGUCUUUGUUUCACUUCCACAGCUCAGCGAGGGUUCUGGUCUGUGGCCUGUUUGCACUGCACAAAGGCGACUUGUGCAUGUGGCUGCCCACUCUCCGCACUGUGCAGGCCCAUAGGAAACCUGGACACUGGGAACGUGCACGUGCUGGCUGGUGGGGUCCGUCUGUCCGUCCUGGACACUAGGAACGUGCACGUGCUGGCUGGUGGGGUCCGUCUGUCCGUCCUGGACACUGGGAACGUGCACGUGCUGGCUGGUGGGGUCCGUCUGUCCGUCCUGGACACUGGGAACGUGCACGUGCUGGCUGGUGGGGUCCGUCUGUCCGUCCUGGACACUGGGAACGUGCAUGUGCUGGCUGGUGGGGUCUGUCUGUCUGUCCUGGGGUCUUCUGGGAAUGCACACAUGCCAGCUGGCGGGGUCUGUUUGUCCGUCCUGGGGACUGGGGACGCGCAUGUGCCGGUUGGCGGGGUCCGUCCAUCCUGGGCCUGGGCCGUGUAUUUACUCUGUGCAGGAAGGUCUGGCUCGACUCUGUCGGUCCUGCAGCUGCUAUUCGUGGCAUUCAGAGCCAGACGGAGGAGACCAACCUUGUUGCUUCCAGGACGGAACAAGCGAGACCUGCUUAUGCCCAGUGCCGGUGGACUUGCCCAGCAGAGAAGCUGUCACUUGGCUCCCAGCUGAAAGGGAGGGUCAGUCGCCUUCCUGGGACCUUAACGCUGAGUUCAUUCCCUGCCCUCCAGCGCAUGGGCUCUGAGGAAGGUUCCACACACUUCUCACCCUAUGUUGGCAGAUCUCAGGAGGAAAAGCCUCCGUAUCCCCGAGUCUGUUCUCUGCUGUGUGGCUGUGGCCACACAACUGGGCUGGAUGAUGUCGGAACAGGACUUGGCGGAUGUGGUCCAGAUCGCCGUGGAAGACCUGAGUCCUGACCACCCAGUUGUUCUGGAGAACCACGUUGUCCCCGACGAAGAUGAGCCGUCUCUGAAACGCCAGCGACUGGAGAUCAGCUGCCAGGACCCGUCGAUAAAGUCCUUCCUGUAUUCCAUUAACCAGACAAUAUGCCUGCGACUGGACAGCAUCGAGGCCAAGCUGCAGGCCCUGGAGGCGACGUGCAAGUCGCUGGAGGAGAAGCUGGACUUGGUCACCAAUAAGCAGCACAGCCCCAUCCAGGUCCCCAUGGUGGCAGGCUCCCCGCUGGGCGCGACGCAGACCUGCAACAAAGUGCGAUGCGUCGUGCCCCAGACCACAGUCAUACUCAACAAUGACCGGCAGAACGCCAUUGUAGCCAAGAUGGAAGACCCCUUGUGCGGCAGGGCUGCGGAGUCCCUGGAAAGUGUCGUCAGCAACACAGUGCCCGGGCGGCGGCAGAACACCAUCGUGGUGAAGGUGCCAGGCCAGGAGGACAGUCACAAUGAGGACGGGGAGAGCGGCUCUGAGGCCAGCGACUGCGUCUCCAACUGUGGGCAGGCCGGCAGCCAGAGCAUCGGGAACAACGUCACCCUCAUCACCCUCAACUCGGAAGAGGAUUAUCCCAAUGGCACGUGGCUGGGUGACGAGAACAACCCCGAGAUGCGCGUGCGCUGCGCCAUCGUCCCUUCGGACAUGCUGCACAUCAGCACCAACUGCCGCACGGCCGAGAAGAUGGCGCUGACGCUGCUCGACUACCUGUUCCACCGCGAGGUGCAGGCCGUGUCCAACCUCUCUGGCCAGGGCAAGCACGGCAAGAAGCAGCUGGACCCCCUCACCAUCUACGGCAUCCGCUGUCACCUCUUCUAUAAAUUUGGCAUCACCGAGUCCGACUGGUACCGGAUCAAGCAGAGCAUCGACUCCAAGUGCCGCACGGCCUGGCGGCGGAAACAGCGGGGCCAGAGCCUGGCCGUCAAGAGCUUCUCACGGCGGACCCCGCCCUCGUCCUCCUACAGUGCCUCAGAGCCCGUCCUGAGUACGCCGCCGCCCGCCAGCGAGCUGCAGCCGCCGCCGCAGGCCCUGCACUAUGCCCUGGCCAACGCCCAGCAGGUCCAGAUCCACCAGAUCGGCGAGGACGGCCAGGUCCAAGUAAUCCCUCAGGGCCAUCUCCACAUCGCCCAGGUGCCGCAAGGGGAGCAGGUCCAGAUCACGCAGGACAGCGAGGGUAACCUGCAGAUCCACCACGUCGGACAGGACGGGCAGGUGCUACAGGGUGCCCAGCUGAUCGCCGUGGCCUCUUCUGAUCCCACCGCCACUGGGGUGGAUGGGUCCCCUCUCCAAGGUAGCGACAUCCAGGUCCAGUACGUACAGCUGGCGCCAGUGACUGACCACACGGCUGCAGCCCAGGCCGCCGAGGCCCUGCAGCCCGGCCUCCCGCCCGAGAUGCAGCUGGAGCACGGGGCCAUCCAGAUCCAGUGAGGACGCGCCGGUGCCCGCCGGGCACUCCACACCACUACCGCCCUGGCACCGCCGCGCUGUGUGCCGAGGUCCGGCCGCGGGGCCGCGGGGCACAGGUGGCUGAGGAGGGGCCGCCGCGGCCGCGCCAGCCGGAGCCAUCUGUGGAGUGAGGCUGGCCGACAGUGCGGCGCACGCGCAGAAUCAAGAACUCGGAUAUUUUUCUCUGUUUCCACAGCUUUUUUUAAUUUGCUAUGGUGUUUAUAACAAAAAAGAAAAGUGAAAAAAAAAAAGUCGAGUGUCCGAAGCCUUUUGCUGUGAGCUUUGUGUGAGAACAGGUAUUCGCAGGCUGCUGACAGUCUGGCGGAAGUACCGCUCGCUGCUCCCCCGGGGGUGUCUUCGGCCCUGUCAGUACCAUUUCUAAUGAAAUAAAAUGUAUUUAUGGCCACAGUA